CCGUGCUGUGCCGUGUCGUGUGUGUGGCUGCGUAUUCGAUUCCUUGCCACAAUUUUGAAUUGAAAAUCACCGUUACACUCAAUUGAAAUAAACCCGUUGGCCAGUUAAAGUAAUUGGUAAAAUUCAGAUCAAUUAAAAUCAACCAAAUAAUUUGUUACGUCACAUGAAAAUUUCGGUGUAGAAAAGUAUUUGCCUGUGUGCGUUGAUAACUGUAACUUUUCUGUAGGCGACGCGCGGUGCACGAGCUGCAACUAAAAGACAUACACACACAGAUACUGGUGCAUUGCCUGUGUGUAUGGUAUAUGAAAUAUGAAUGUUGAAGCACAUUCAGGAUAGUGUUAGGUGCUUUGUUAUUAUUGUUGUUGUUGGAGGACAUACAGUAGUCGGUGCUUAGAAUUUCAUUUGGGUGUGGGAUACUUUUGUUAUUUUUAAGGAAGUCUCAUAUUCACUUGUAAUUGUGAUUCGUAGGAAGUAAGAUCUCUAGUAGUAUAAAAAUAAAAAUAAAAUAGUGUAAUUUCAACUUCAAAUCGGAACGCAACAUAAGACAAAACAACAACAACAACAUACUCGAAAACCACCAAUUAACAUCGUCAUUAACAGCAGCAGCAACAACUACUAAUACUACUACUAUUACAAAAACAACUACAAAAGUUAACCGUUAACCGUCGCGGAUCCGUCAACCUUCAAAAUUGUUUUCUUCUUACGCAUUGUGUAAUAAAAGAAGUAAAAACCCAAAAGAAAAGGAAGAACUACGUACCUAGCUAACGUAUCUAAAACGCGUCCUCCUUCUGGCAUUGUGUUUGUGUGCGUGCGAAUGCAACGACAACAAGAAUCUCUCUUCAAGCAACAAGACGUAACGUAGAGCUGCGUAUAACGAACUAGCAUUUCAAAAAACAACGCACACAUACGGAAAGGCCAAAGCAAAAAGAAAAGGAAACUGGAAGGCAGCGUGAAUUGGAUGUGACGUGACACGGUCGAUAAAUAUAUAUACAAAUAUAUACAUAUAAUAUACAUAUAUCGAUACAUUAAUGCGUGUUAGACUAGAAAAGCGAAGCAGCAGCAGCAGCAGACGGCGCACAAGUAGAGCCUGAACUCUGCAAUAAGGAAAUAGCAGAAACAGAAAGCAACUAUUUGCUCUCUCUACAUAUAAAAUAUAUAUAUAUAUAUAUAUAUAAUUAUAUAUAUAUAUAUAUAUAUAUAUAUAUAUUUAUAUAUAUAUUAGAUAUUAGGAACAAUUUUGCCCCCCGGAGUUAAUCGAUAACAGCUUCAAGAUUCUGCCCUUCGGUGCCAAUUUUCGUCUGGAGACGACACCAGCCGAGAUGCACAAAAUAGCAGCCGCGCCAACAGCGGCUACAGCGCCGGCUGGAGCAUUGGAGGCACCGCUGGCAGCGCCCAAAUAUGGCACACUCAUACCCAAUCGCAUAUUUGUGGGCGGCAUAAGUGGGGACACCACCGAGGCGGAUCUGACGCGCGUCUUUAGCGCCUACGGCACCGUAAAGAGCACAAAGAUCAUCGUGGAUCGUGCCGGCGUCAGUAAAGGCUAUGGAUUCGUCACAUUCGAGACGGAGCAGGAGGCGCAAAGACUGCAAGCGGACGGCGAGUGUGUGGUGCUGCGCGAUCGCAAGCUGAACAUCGCGCCGGCCAUCAAGAAGCAGCCGAACCCGCUGCAGUCAAUUGUGGCCACCAAUGGAGCCGUUUACUAUACCACCACGCCGCCGGCACCGAUUAGCAAUAUACCCAUGGAUCAGUUUGCAGCUGCCGUCUAUCCGCCAGUUACUGACUUUACAGCCGCUGGAGUGCCAGCCAUCUACCCACCUUCAGCCAUGCAAUAUCAGCCAUUCUAUCAGUACUACAGCGUGCCAAUGAAUGUACCCACCAUUUGGCCUCAGAAUUAUCAAGAAACUCAGCCACCGAUGCCGCAUCAUGCGCCGCCACACGGCGCUUGGGAGUUUGACGAUGGCACCAACAACAACAACCGCAACAACAGCAAAAACAACAUCUCUGUGACGAAUUGGCGCAUGUCCAUGUAGUCGAACUCAAUGCGGGUCUCCCUCUAGUCUAACCAAAGCAAAUCAAUACACACAGCCAUACUGAAUACACACACCCACAUCCACACACAGACACAGCAGCAGCAGAAGCACCAGCAGCGCUGCAACUGGAGAAAUGAAGAAGACAAAUGGAAGAAAUGAAGUGCAAAUGCAAUGUGCUAUAACCGAACGUGAAGGCAGAAGCAAAAGCGAAUGCGAAAGUAAAUACGAAAGUGAAUGCAAGAACAAAAGCACACGCUGUAGUUGAGAAGUAGCUGUAAAAGAUCAAGUCAAGAAAAGAACACCGAUGCGCAUGCGAGCAAGCGAGAUGGAUGCAGUGCUACGGCUGGAAUAGCUAAGAAUGAGUGUAUCAAACGAAGAUGAGAGGAACAGCAACAACUACAGCAGCAAAGGCAGCGGCAACCAAUAAGAAAAGAGAAUCAUUUAUGCAGCAUUGUUGGUGCUCACUCUCUCUCACAUACACAACACACAGUCACAACACGACACAGCUCAUCCACACACACUUGCAAAUUAGUUUCAUAAUUUUUUCGUUUAUUUUGUUUCCGAGUUCAAAUUGUUUAAUUGUUUCCCUUUAUUUUCGUUACUAUUGUUCUGUUCAUUUCGUUGCCAAUCCAGUGUUUCCAAUGGGCUGCAGAUACGUUGCAACAGCAACAUCUAAAAACAACAAGCACAACCACAAGAACAACCAGAGACUAACAGCAGUCGUUGAAUUGAGCACUAGGACCAUUAGGACCCUUAAUAGGCAGAGUAGCAGCAGGUCGCUACUUCGUUUCCCGCAUUGUCGCAUAGAGAGAACGAGAAUAGGAAAUGUUAAGCCUCAGUUAAAUCGACAGGCAGGAGAAUGAGGGAAAUAACGAGAGAUAAGAGAGAUAAAAGCAUAUCCAAACUUCUUCAGGAAUUCUUCAAGAAAACACGAUUUUCACGAUGCAUAUAUAUAAAUCUAUAUAUAUGUAACACAAGAAGACACCCCGUUAAAAAAAAAAUAGCAAUAAUCCAUAACCUCGACUCUCUUCUCAGGUCGUGCUAUAUAGCUUAUGUGCUCCUUCUUUUUGCUUCAACUGUAGCCCAAACCCAGGCGAAUCGAAUCUAUAUCGAGUUAGUUCGUGUAUAGAAUCAGAGAGAAGUAUAAAUAUCGAAUCUAAUUGGUUUCGGGUUCAAUAAUUUGGCGUUCCGAUUUCGUAGUUCUUCUAUAAAUAAUGAAAGAUUCUAAAUGAAAGUCGAUCACAUUAAUUGCCUUUUAAAAAUUUGGCCACCACUCAAGCAGUUUGCAAAAUUUUAUACGUUUCUUCUACAUGUAUUUCACUCUGUCUAUAAUAUUGACAAGCCUAUUUUUAUCAUUCCAAUUGUUUUGGCUUAGAUUAUGUACUAAAUUCGUUGCCAUUUCCGUGUAUGUAUAUAUUGUAUAGAAGUUUUUUCUAAAUUUUGAAAGUUAACCCACAAUUAACAAUUGUCAAAACAAAUAAAUGAGAGCCCGAAACAAAAAAAAAAUUAUAUCUGUGUUAUAUUCUCUUUUGGUUUUUAUGUUUCAUAUUCCAUAUGAUUUCUACACACACAUGAACAACACGGCGUAUACGCAUUUCAUAGCAAGUAAAUUUUUCAUAGCAUACUUUCGGGUUGCGGCGAUGUGAAAUUCUACAAACGCAAAAGCAAAAAUAUAAAUACGUGCAACGAAUCUUUUUCGAUUUUUGAUUUGAGAGUGGGCAAAACUAUAUGGAUUCGAAUGAAUCAUAUACGAAUAGUUGAAUUAUAUAAACGGUUGUGUCAAAUUAGCUCUAAAAUAUGAUUAAACUUCGGGCUGCCGAAGCUUGAAUACCCUGGAAGAGCUCCAUGUUAUAGUAAAAUUAGUUACAAUACUAUUUAGAUAGUUUAUAUAGCUAUAUAUACAUAUACAUAUAUACUGAUUCACUGUUAGGGGAAUCGAAUUAAUAGCUGAGAGAUUAUGUACAAAAUGAAGAUGUAAAAAUUCAUAGAGCUUUGAGCUGAGCUGAUAUUGAAAUAUUUUAGUGCUCUAUAUAUUAGCCGACUCUAUAGAAACUAUCAGCUAGAUCUGGAUGAUCCAUAGCUGAGUUCAUAUGGAAAAUUCAUAGAAAACACAUAAUAUAUUACAUCUUCAUAUAAGAAGUCAUUCGAUAUCACCUUUCAACUAGAUCGCAUAGAACACACAUAUAUAACUGUUGAUGUGGAUGAUAUUAAUAUAUGUGGCAGCUAUAUUUAUCAACUAAUCCUAGGCCAAUCUUCAGCUAAAAAACAUAAGCCAGAGCUGAGUUCAAAUAGUACAUAUAUGAUAAUCUCUCCUUCCUCACACUAACAGUGACCACAUUAAUUCGAUCUGGGUUUGCAUAGAACAUAUAUAGUUAUAUGAACAACUUGUAUGAGUUAUCAUAUCAAUUUCUAGACACUCUCUCUUCAAGGGUAUAUCAAUGCAGUCGGACGCCUUUAGUAUAUAUACAUAUACAUAUAUUUAUAUAUGAAAAUCAGCCUCUAUAUAAUCUAAAUGUAGCUCAAUUAAAUUUGAUUUGCCUCUAAACACUUUUGUCUCUAGAAAAACUCUUCCCGUGCGGCCUACGGGCCAACAAAUAAAUACAGAUAUCUCUAAAACUAAAUAAGUACU